CUUUAGAAAGACUUCAUUAAUGCAAGGGACUGAAUGCAAAUGGUCAUCCUAUACAUUGAUAUCAGAGUUGCUUUCCCCUUGACAAAUAAGAUUUUGAAACCAAAAGAGGAAGUUAUAUUGUUUGGAAAAAAUAUAAUCACUAACUACGUAGACAUUUAUAUUUUAGUUUUCUGUAAAUUUACCAGGAUGUUUCAUACACCAGAUUACUAUCAUAAUAUAUCCAAGAGACUUUCUGAGGUCCUGGAUGAUAUUGGAGUCAAUGAAAAUAUUGUGGUGAAGAGGAGAAGGGCAUUUUUACUAGAAGAAACUAUUUGCACAAUCACACACAGAGCAGAUGGUAGACAAAUGACUGUAUAUAAUUUAGGAAGUCAAUCAGAAGGCACCACAACAGGAGGACUGCAAUCAGAUGCUGACACACUUUUCUGUCUGGAUAAUAUCAGUGUGAUACAGGACUGGUCAGAAUGGUCUCCAGGUAAAAGUAACCUCCUGAUGAUUCAAAAUGAAACAACACCUCCUGGUUAUUGUCUUCUACAGUUACUUACACGUGACGCUCCACUUCCUGUAACACAUGAAACGGACAAUAUCUUUGUCAAGGAUACACAUGGACGGAUAUUGUUCAAGAAUACAGUGAUUGAUGCUAUCAUGCAAGAAGGAUGUCAGCGACAAGGACCAUCAGCAGCAUCAGCUGCAAAACCAUAUGUUCUUGCUAGUGACAUAGUAAUAGCAUAUCCUUAUAAAUCAUGGCCCCAGUCAUCAAGAGCUUGGUUGGACCAGCAAGAAACAAACAUAUGGCCAACAGCAGAAAUGAAGAGAUAUGCCAAAACAACAAACUGUUUUGUUGUGGGUGUUGGCAGCAGAGCAAGUGAAAAUGCAGACUUUGAAUGGAGACUUUCUACCUCAUUAGUUGAACGGUGUCUGAUGUUCAAUUUAAAUAUUACUCAGAUAAAAUGUUAUACCUUAAUGAAAAUGAUUCUUAAAACAUACAUUAAUGUUGAAAAUCUUGACAAUGGAACCUGUAUUUCAAGUUACAUGUGUAAAACUGUUUUGUUUCACUGCAUAGCAAGUAAACCUGCAAGUGUAUGGAAGGAGUGUAAUAUAUUAAACUGUUUAAGUUUCUGUAUAUUCACACUGAACAAUUGUAUAUUGAAUGAACACUGUCCCCAUUUCAUUGUUCAUGAAAACAAUUUAAUGGCAGGAAAAUUUUCUGCUGAAGUCAAACAGCAGUUACUUGAAAGAAUGUUAAAUUUAAUACCAUUUGAUGGAAUUUUUCCUUUUGGAAUUCAGAUUGACAACCUUGGUGAAAGACUUCAGAUUAAGCUAAAUAUGAUGAAUGAAGUACAUUAUGAUAUACAACAGUCAGAGGAAUACACUAUGAGUAUAACAAGUGGUUUAUUAAAACUGAUAACUCCAUCUGAUUUAGCCAUACGGAUGAUAAAAGAUGAAAAUAUAGAAACACUAUUACAGAAAGUGAUAUACCUGACAAGACACUACAUAGAUGGUGACAUGUUAGAAAAGACAGCAUGCAGACUUCUAGUACCUCCACUCUUUACCUCAAUAGGAUCUCUGAUAGCCUCAAAGAACAUUCAAAAUAACAACACAGUUUCUCCUCAAGCAUUUACAUGGAUUGAAGCUGGAAUGGACUCGGAUGUUGCUUCAGGCAGACUAAAACUGGCAUCUAUAAUGUAUCGUGUAGGCAAUGCAGAAAUAACUGUUUUAAUUCUUUCUCGUAUAGAAGAACAAUAUAACAUAGAAGUUACUGAGCCUGUAUGUCGCUGCUACGACUUCAAUACACCUUACUUUAAGAGAGGAUUUGGUAGACUUUCUAGUCAAUAUGGUGCAGAGGCAUUGAAAUAUACUGUUGCACUUUGUGUAAGAUUUUUACCACCUGAAAUAAACUGUGUACCACAUGAACUUCAGUACGAACUGUUUAGAUCAACACGUGAGGACCUACUACAUAGAAGUAUAUAUGAUAACUGGAUGGACUGGGCUGUGGUAGACUCACUUCCAUAUCUUUAUUUUCUACAAUACAAGACAUACGGCAAACUACAGAGACCUGAGGAACAGCAACAAGCACUGAACAAACUUAUAUGGGCCAUUGAAACAGAGCGCAACCUUGCACACAAAGAAACGGAACUGAAUUUACUAGGACAGUGUAUGGAACAGGAGAACAGACCUGUUGAUGCUCUAAAGUGUUACAUGUUAUCUUUACGUCACAGGAAAAGAAAUAAUGCUGCGAAAAUUCAUAUCUGCAGGUGUUUGGCUAAACAAACUCAUAAAGAUCUACCAACAUGAACUGACUGGCGAUUCUGAUUUUUAACUGGCACAGUGACAGAAAUAAUUCACAUUUUGAGAAGUUCUUAUUCUUGUUAUAAGCCAGUGCUAUAUUACCUACACAUAACAGGAAUAUUGUUAACCUAGAAAUGGUUUCGCGCUAUUCAAGUUAGUGACUUUCGCGGUUGAUGUGUAUCCGCAAAGUUUUGUAUCCGCGAACCAGCCAGCUACCAUGAAAACGCGAAAGUUUGUAGUUUUCAUUGUACAUGACAACAAUGCUGUGAUUUGCCGUUUAUCUUCUAAGCUGGUAAGAGCUUGGCACCUGAAAAGUUUGACAUAAAUGUUUUAUUAAUUGAAAUGUUUUAAUAAUGUAGAAAUUUCCUAUUAUAGUAUAUUCAUAUGAUAUACUUAUAUCACGGAUCAAAGUAUUUAAGAAAAAAUGUUAUACAAACAGUGCAUGACUAGAUACCGGAAAGGGCCCUUUCCGUGGUAUUUGAUCGGAAAGGGCCUGACAUGAUCGGAAAGGGCCUGCCAUAUGUUUAUUAUUGGAAUAUAUUUAAUUAUUUCUUCAGAUUUCAUUAUGAUAUAAUAAAAGAAAAUAAAUUAUGAAAAAGA